AUGAGCCAUAAUGUCGAAAAUUAUGGGGGAAAUGGCGAAGGUGACCCUUGGGGUACAAACUUUGGUCAAAGUCCGCAAUGUAGAUCCUACGCCGAGGCUAUGGGCCGAGGACAAUCCACAUUUUCGGACUGUGCUAUUAGCAAUACGACCAUUCAAACCGAUGGAGGGCUUCCUGCAAUUUAUCUCUUGCAAAAUAUGCCCGGACUUGUACGUUAUUUCGAUUCAGGUGACACUGACGGUACGUGUUGCGGAAACUGCUCGCUGGAUGUACCAGAAGUAAGGCUCUACUACUUCCCGGACAAGUCCACUGUCGACUGCCAUAACAAUCAGACGUCCAAUUUCACCUCAAGCUUGCCAGCUCGAAAUCUAGAAAAGCGAGUGCACCCACUUGUUGCAAGUGGGAGUACUGUUGUGGUCAGCGGACAUACGUUUACUUCCCCAUCGGUGUAUCUUCAAUUGGUGGGGACAGCCACUGUCACUGAUCAAUGUACGACCGUUGGCCCAAUUUUGACCAAUCAAAUCAUCACGCUCCCGCCCGGCGGGCUCUCGACAUGGAGACCAGAGGCUGGUGUGUACUAUAAUCCCAAUGAACCUAACGAUAUCAUCGACAAUUUCACAGUUGGAGAGGUCUGGUCCGAUCCGACUGCUCAAUAUGAAGUGGGAAUAAUUCCUCAAGAUAUAAAACCGCUUAACAUUCAAGAUCUGGCAUGUCCGACCUGGGGCCUGGGAUUAAGUACAUCCGCCAAUGGCGACAUAAUUACCACUAUUGGCUCGCCAUGGCUUCCGCUCAUCGUGCCACCCACGGAGAUGUUCUCUCUCAAUCCAACAUGGGCGUCAGCAUGUACUGGCAUUUGGAGCGACCCUUUCACUUUGACUACUUUCGCUCUAUUUGAUCCGCCGGUUGCGUUAACACCUGCGGCGUUGCUUCUACCAACCCCACCUGCGCGUCCUACGCCUGCAGACCCGACAACGGUUCCAGAGGAGCAGGCUACACCCUCCGCCGAGGCCGCCAAGCCAGCAUCUCUGCCCAACUAUCCCGCAGCUUCUCCGACAAGAACGGGAGACCCUGGAAGAGGUAGCCCAACACAUUCGCCCGUUAUGGCCUCGGCCGACCCAGCCGGGUCAGCUUCUCUGCCUGCUAUUCCAGCAGCCUUUCCAUUUGACAAGGGCGACCCACCGUCAGAUCCACCGUCAGACCCACCGUCAGAUCCACCGUCAGGUUCACCGUCAGACCCCAAAGUACCUCCAGUUGACGGAGAUCCGCCUUCAUCUAGUGCCCCUGAUCCGCCACCGGGUGAUUCCCAAAACGCACCAACAGAUUCCAAAGUACCUGUUGAUCCAGUGCCACAACAAGAUGAGAACCCUCAAGCACAGACUCAAGGCCUAGGAGCAAUCAUCUACAACGCGUUUGGGAGGUCGGACCCGAAAUUGACGGAUCCUCUACCAAGCUUCAAAGUCAACAACGCAGCCAUUUCUCCCGGUGGCGCCGCUCGAACCGUCGAUGGUACGAUACUCAGCCUCGGUCAAUCAGGAGUUUUAGUCAUAGGCAGCAGUACUGUCACCCUUACAAUUCCAUCUGCUACACCCGUGUUGGCAGUGGCAGGCCAUACUUUCACACCAAAUCCAUCAGCUUUCUCCAUAGCCGGGACCACCAUCUCCGCAGGUGGUCCCGCUGUCACAGUUGAUGGCACCACCAUCAGCCUCGAUCAGUCGGGAGCAUUGGCUAUCGGUAGCACGACCAUCGCUCUCAAAACCCCACCGUCCUCUCCUUCUGCCAAAGAAGCAUUCACUGCGGCAGGCCAGACCUUCACACCGGACCCCUCGGCUUUCUCCGUAGCCGGUACAAUCAUCUCAGCAGACGGCCCGGCCGUUACAAUCAGUGGAACCAUCAUCAGCCUUGGCCAAAACGGAGCUUUGGAGAUAGGCAGCAGUAACAUCUCUCUUCCAACCCCACCAGAUGCCUUCCCCAGCAAAGUAUAUACAGUCGCAGGCGAAACAUUCACACCCAACCCCUCCGCGUUUUCAAUAGACGGUACCACCAUCUCAGCAGGUGGUCCCGCAGUCACAGUUGGUGGAACCAUCAUCAGCCUCGGUCAAUCGGGAGCAUUAGCUAUAGGCAGCUCUACCGUCGACCUUCUUCCUUCUAGUAGCGCAUACACAGUCGCAGGCCAAACAUUCACACCCAACCCCUCCGUUUUUUCCAACGCAGGUACGACCAUCUCAGCAGGCGGUCCAGCCGCUACCGUAAACGGUACCAUCAUCAGUCUCCAACCUUCUGGUACUCUGCUUGUGGGAUCAAGCACGAUCCCGCUCUUGACACCUCCGAGGACACCAUUUUCAUCUGAUCCUGAUGUUGACAUCGAUGGGUUCGAUGUCAAAGUACAACCUUCCUCUGCCGUAGUGGAUGGCGUAGCACUGAGUGCCGGCGCGGCCGGUGUCACCGUUUCCGGACAAAUCGUCAGUCUGGAGGCUGGAGGUGCGACCUUGGAUAUCGGGACGGGGCGAUUUGCACUGCCGACAUGGACAGGGGCGGCGAAUGGUUCGGUCGGUGCGCAGCCUUUUACGGGUGGGCAGAACAAGGGGUUGGAGUUGUCUUUGCUUUUGGUUUGUGGGGUUUGCGGGACGUUUACGCUGUUGAUGUGA